UCAUUCAGGGAGCACGCGGGGAAUUUGGGACGCGGCCGCCGCUGUUGUUUCGAUUGACGGGGCUGGCUAUGCGCUGCUAAGGCCGCGUUAGCACGGACCUGCUUAUUAGCUGCGGAUUAGAGGUCGACUUUUUUCUCCCCUAAAGCCGAAUUACAGACCUGCCCUCUCCCACCCCCCCUUCAUCCCCCCUCCCUUUUUUUUUCCUCCGAGAGUGAGCGAUGGCACAGGAGACGAAUCAGACGCAGGUUCCGAUGCUUUGCACCACGGGCUGCGGCUUCUACGGGAAUCCCCGUACCAACGGCAUGUGCUCGGUCUGCUAUAAGGAGCACCUGCAGAGGCAGCAGGCAGGCGGGCGGAGCAGCCCACCAGGUGAUAAAGCUGCCUCGUCUCCAUCAGGGUCUCCCGGAGCUCCCAGUGUAACCGUAGAGACGGAACCUGACCCCGUGUCUGAAGCGCUGCCUCCUUCAGAGGAGAACAGCAGCUCGUCCAGUCCGGUCACCCAGCAGAUGACUGCCAUGAGCAUCUCCCAGGACACCGCAGCCACAGACUCGGACCGAGCCGACGCCGAGGAGGAAGAGGAAGACAAAGCAUCACCCAAAAGCACAGGUCCGGCCACAGAAGCAGCACAGACCUCCUCAGAUGGAGAUCAGACCCCUGACAAGAACAAGAAGAAGAACCGAUGCUUCAGCUGCAAAAAAAAAGUUGGACUCACAGGCUUUGACUGUCGCUGUGGUAACCUGUUCUGCGCCAUCCACCGCUACUCGGACAAACAUGACUGUCCGUACGACUACAGAGGAGCGGCGGCCGCUCAGAUCCGCAAAGAGAACCCCAUCGUGGUGGCAGAGAAGAUCCAGAAGUUAUGAGGACUGAUUUUAAAAAAACGAAUGAACGGACACGUGCUGACCUGCAGGUUUAAUCAGAACAACGACGGCACCGAUCUCUGAUCCGGCUUCUUUUCUCUGCGGGAGGAAGAAGCGCUGCACACCUCGCUCCUGACUCUCUCUCUCUCUCUUAGACUGAUGUAACUGUGUGUGUGUGUGUGUGUGUGUGUGUGUGUGUGGUUGAGAGUCAGGGGGAGCACUCGUGGGUCUGGUGGGCGUUUUUUUUUGGGAUGGAGGGAGGAUCUCUAUAAAAAAGAGAGUGGGAGGUUUAAUGGGUGGAGCUUUCAUCCUUUUAGUCCUUUUAUGAUUUAUUAUAAUUUUUUUUCUUGAAGUGUCAUUGAUUUAUCAGUUUCCAGAGCUUUUCUUCCGAACCUGAGCAAGUUUCAUUCCCUCUUUUUUUCCCCGUUUUUCCAAGCGUAUGAAAGCCUUUUCAGAGGAUCUAUAUUAAUAUAUUGUAGUUAGCUCAUUGUGUGAUUGCAUCCUAUUUAUUAUUAUUAUUAUUUUAGGUUGUUUUUAUAUAUAUAUAUAUAUAUAUAUAUAUAUAUAUAUAAUCUGCUCGAGUUGUCGGAAGAGUGUGUAGCGAGCGGAAAACAAUACUCUUGUCCUUUUUAUAUAAACUUCCGAUUACGUGACGCUGCCGAACCACAGACAGGAGACCGUCCGCCAAACUCUGAGACGAUCUGAGCACGAGCGCCGGAGGAAAGUCGGACAGUAGAUCGGAUCUCAGACGCCGUCGCUAAUUCCUCUUAUCCCGACCACAAAUAUUCCUGACCACCAGCAGACUGAGUGAAUGGUGGACGCAUGGUAAAAAAAAAAAAAAAAAAAAUGUGAACACACCGUGCUUUUGAUGAUGUCACACAGGAAGUCGUCACUGCUUCCAGGGAAGACGGACGAGACCACGCAGACGUCACCAUGCGCCACUUAGCCAAACUGCAGAUUCCUGCUAAUUUAAUAGGUUUAUACGAUACAUCACACCGCACAAUACUGUUCUUAUUUUCCCGAACAUCAUGAUGUGAUAUCGUAAAACCACAAUAUAAAAAUAUCUUCCUUUUUUUUCGGUCAAAUGUGUGUAUAUAUACCACAUGGUUACUUUAUCCUUAUAGUUAUAAUCCAGCGUAGAACGUGAUGAGGCUAGACGAUGUGCAGACGCAGACGAGGGUGAGAUAAUACUUAAUAAACUUCGUGUAUCUUCUCGUAUGUAUGUAUCCAGUGCUGAUCUGCUACUCGUAUCCAAGCAGAGAAAUGAAGGAUGUGUGUGUGUGUGUUAUUUAGUUAAAAGGGCUGAUGUGAGAGGGUGGGGGAAGGAGUGCAGGGCCGGGUCGCAGGGUUUCUACAGUAUUCAUCUUUAAACGUCAGCAUAUAGUUUUGAGGGCCACUCGCCUUCUCUAACCCCCCACACCCCACACCCCAAACGUUGCUCAUCUAAAUCCUAGACAAUUCCCAAAUCCAUUGCUUUGUAGUUUUUUUUUUUUUUUACUUAACAAAGGCACAAAAAACUCUUAUAGGAUGAUUUUGUUUCUAAAUUCUUUAUCUGAAACUGCUCAAGAUCCGUCCACAAGCUUCGAACUCGACACAUGACACAGCUGCCCAUCACUUGAAGGGGGCGGGGUUUUAAACAGCAAGAAACGUGUGAUCGGUGUGUCUGAGUAGGGGGUGGGUGGGGGGGUGUCGAACGUCUUAUUGUCGUUUGUUUAAAUAAAAGAUGGCGUCCAAGCAAAUUCACACAGAAUCAGAACGGCGUGUUUAACAGAAAUCCAAAAUUUAGGAAGUUCAGAAAUCGCUUAAGACUCGUCCAGUUGUUGCGUUUAUAAUAUAGAAAACGUCCAGUGAAGAAAAAGAGGCUGAAAAGAACUAAACCCUCGUGCUUCACCGUGAUGAACGUAGAGCUUUGUUCCAAGGCUGAGGGAGAACUGUUCUGAAGUCUCCAGCAUUCUGUUUUUCUUCUCAUCACUCUUCCAGAUCAUCCACCUCUCACUCCAUCACACAGCUUCCAUCUCUCCUUACCUGCUCACUGGCUAACUUUGGCCUUGUUUUGCUAGCUCCUUCAUGGAGCUGUUCAUGCUCCGGUGUGUUCAGGAGUGUGUGUGUGUGUGAGAUCCUCCAGGAUCAGGUGUAUUUUCUACACGCAGGAUCAGGACUCCAUCUCCAGCAGAACUCGUUUUAAAGGUCUUGGACACUUCCAUACGCCUCCUUUAGUUAUUUAUCAGUCAAUAAAAAAAAAAGAGGAGGAGGAGGGGGUGUGAAUACUUACGCAUGGUGCAUAUCCUAUGAUUAGGUGUGUUUGGGUGGGAUUAGUACUAAUCACAGCAGAUGUGAUCAAGCACAAGCUUCACAGCUGUUCUUAUAGAUCUGGUCAGCUUUAGAGGCUUAAUGUGUUGAGAAAAAAAAUUUAUUAAUAAAAUUCAGGAUUAAUUAAGGAGCUCAUUUGCAUUGAGCCGUAUCCUAGCGACGGCGAUUACACAGACAUCACACAGCGCUAAUAUUCAUGUUUAAAUGAAAAAAUUAACGAAGUGAUUGAACUGAAGGAAAACAUUUAGUUGUUUUUAUUAUUAUUAUUUUUUCUUAAAUAUAUGUCUCUCUCUGAUCAUUAGGAAAAAAAACAAAAACAUCUUUGUGUCACGUGUUUUGCGGAAACGUGCGCUAACCCGUCGAUCUGACCAGAGUGUGUGUGCUGAAUGUAAACGUUGUGAUGUGACGUGCCGCAGGAUACCUCAGAAACGCACGUGACGAACAGAUCCAGCUCUCUUCUAUAUUCAGAAAGAAAGAAACUGAGUGCAGUUUUUACGUUUGUUGAAUUUGUUUACCUGAACCGCCGCCCCCCCCAACCCGGUCGCCCGUGACACACCCUCAAUUAUUUUAUUUUUAUUUUAUUUUUCCAUUUUAGUUUUUUUUUUGAUGUGUAAGAGUAAGUAUAAACACAAUAAAAAAUCAAAGUUUAUUUUAAAA